ACAGUGAGCCCCGGCGGGCUGCGCGGCGCGCGGGGAGCCUGUGGGGGCUGCUCUGGAGCCCGGCGCCCGCCCGCCCCUGGCUCGCUGGGACCGCGCGCGCUGGCCGGAGAGCUCCUCGCGUGGAUCCGCAAGCGUCGCCCCACCUGCCCCGAGCUCAGCCUUGCUCUCUCGCCCUGCCUGCAGCUUACCCGGCGGAGGGAGCCGACAGGGCCCGGGGCUGAAGGAAAUAACCCCACGACUGGACAAGGAUGGAGAAUAACCACUGGGUUGUUGCUAGUGCAACAUUUUUCAUCAGCCAAAGAAGCUUUUCUGCAUGAGGCGGUAGUAGCAGCAGUUGUGCUCCAUCUGGCAUUUAUAAAAAGGAAGGAACAUGAGGUUCCCUUGGAAAUCGUUCAAGAGGAAGGUGGAAGGGGCUAUUUAAAAGAGAUUAAAAGCUGUAGACUGCAAGACUGGGGCCUGAGGGCUGGCAGUGGAAAACCCUGUUGGGUUGCGAUCUCUCACUGAAAAGUUCCAGGUGCCUUUUUGAUUCCUGCAAAAGAAAGGAAGCAAAGGAGAAGACCAUGUCCAUAGCUCUGAAACAGGUAUUUAACAAGGACAAGACCUUCCGGCCCAAGAGGAAAUUUGAACCCGGUACACAGAGGUUUGAGCUACACAAACGGGCUCAGGCGUCCCUCAACUCGGGUGUGGACCUGAAGGCAGCCGUGCAGCUGCCCAGUGGGGAGGACCAGAAUGACUGGGUGGCUGUACACGUGGUGGACUUCUUCAAUCGGAUCAACCUCAUCUACGGCACCAUAUGUGAGUUCUGCACCGAGCGGACCUGCCCUGUGAUGUCAGGUGGCCCCAAAUAUGAGUAUCGGUGGCAGGAUGACCUCAAGUAUAAGAAGCCGACAGCAUUGCCAGCUCCACAGUACAUGAACCUUCUUAUGGAUUGGAUCGAGGUUCAGAUUAACAAUGAGGACAUAUUUCCAACAUGUGUGGGUGUUCCCUUCCCAAGGAACUUCCUUCAGAUCUGCAAGAAGAUCUUGUGCCGCCUUUUCCGGGUCUUUGUCCAUGUCUACAUCCACCACUUCGACCGAGUCAUUGUGAUGGGUGCAGAGGCCCAUGUCAACACCUGCUACAAACACUUCUAUUACUUCGUCACGGAGAUGAACCUCAUAGACCGCAAGGAGCUAGAGCCCUUGAAAGAGAUGACGAGCAGGAUGUGUCACUGAUGCUCCAUCUCGCCCUUUGGAAGAAAGGAAAGCUGUUUCCUCCUGGAGCCCCGUGUGGGCAGGGGGCAGACCUCCCUGGCUGAAGUGGCGCAGCAGGGUGGAGGCAAGCUGUCACUCCUGAGGGACGCUCCCCACUCACUUCGUGUGCUCUUAACCCUCUGAGUGCUGCUCGCCCAGACCUGUGGACCAGGCAGACCACACCGUGAAAGAAGGACCAGCCCCUUGACGCCUCUGGCUGGGGAACCGCCAGGAAGAAGCCUCUGCACUUCCAUACACGUCACAGUUCUGCCCGUGACCUGCCGCCUAAGCUUUACUGGAAUUCAGGUUUUGAGACUGAGAUGCCUACUUGUACUUUUCCACUUAUCUGUCCUGUCAGCUGGCCGACUUUUCUGUAAUUGGUUUUCUAAGUACCAAGUGAAUUUUGGAACUCUGGACGCCCAGCAAGUUUUUCCGCAACAAGCCUUCUUUUCAGGUCUCUGAAGGCUCCCGCUCUGAUCCUGUGCGUUAACACCGUGCAGGGCUGUGGAGCGCUGAGAGACCCAAAGUGCCCCCGUAACGCCCCCAGCAGCGUCCAUACAAUUUCCCCAAGAAGCAGUUUUAUCAGGGACCCCUCCAUGAGGUGGCUUGUCUCUGCCCCAAACAGGGUCUUCGUGUUCUAACUACAGGGAAGAGACUGGUCACUAGCAUAAAGCUAACAAGUCACCAGUUCACCUGAUAAGAAUGUAUUUUUUAUAAUCACCAUCAUUCCUUGUCUCUUCAGUUGAAGAUCCUCUUUCCUCUUUCCCAAAGAGAGAAAUAAAAGGAAGUCAUAAAUGACUAAGAAUGAUCAGCAGGAACCCUGAGCCAGAUGAGUGCAGUGUUUGUUCUUUAUGAAAGGUCGGGGAGUCGUGGCUGUCUCUACAUGAUACUAACAUUUCAGUGAAAAAAUUAAAGUGCAUUUGGUUAUUUGCUGCAUGCAGAUUUAACACCCGGCCCAUUGACUUGUAACCUUCCCAACUGGCCCCUCUGAGCCUCUAAACCCAGCAGAUGUUUUCUUCCUCCUCCACACUCCCCCACCUCUGUCUUGUAUUAUGGCACAGAAUUAAUUUCUGCCCCUGUGAUUGUGCCACGGUUGCCAAGGUAACAGUGGAGCUGGAGCUAACUUCCUUCUUCAAUCCUUUCCGAUGUAUCUAUUCCAGAACACAGUCAGGAUAAAGCAUUCUGUACCACAUCCUGCCUUUUGAAACCUAAAUGAGUUUUAGUUGAUGAAAUGUUGCCUUCUCUGAUUCAUUCACAAAACUGUGGUGGUUCUUACAGCCUGUGACUAGGGGGUCAUAACACUUCCAGUGAUCAUUUGAAUUUAGUAAAAUCUCAGUUGGUGGAGGGAAGUAGCUAAGAAUGUAUUAGUGCAUUUUAAUGUAAUAACAAUUAAAGAUUAACUGAACAACUCUGA